AUGUGGUGGCGGGACCGCCUCGCCAUCCUCUUCUUCCCCCAAGGCCUCAUCCUCACCAUGGCGGCGCUGCUGCUCUUCUUCGUACACCUGAGCGUCUUUAUCAACGACGUGGGCAACUUCUACUUCACCCACCGCUACGACCUCAUGAGCUUCCGCUACACGAUCAUUCUGAUAUUCUCCCAGGUGAUCAGCAUCUGCUGGGCUGCCAUGGGGUCACUGCAGGCUGAGAUGACAGGGGACCGGUAUCUUCGCUUCUUUGCCCUGACCAUCCUGGUGCUAAACGGAGUCAUGUUCUUCAACCGCCUUUCCCUGGACUUUCUGGCCAUCCAGUACCGGAAAGAGUACCACUGA